AUGGACUCUUCCCCCAAGGCCAAGUCUUCAAAGCCCACCAACAUGAUGGACAACCAGCAUGACCCCGAGACGGCGGACGACUUCCAGAUCUCCCAGCAGAAGCAGCUCGCCGCUGAUGGAAACGCCCACUUCCACCGUCUGGGCUGGAAGCGUCUCGCCGUCGUCACCAUCGUCGAGGCCAUCGCCCUCGGCGCGCUCAGUCUGCCCUCGGCCUACCACACGCUGGGCAUGUUCCCCGGUGUCUUCCUGACCAUCACUCUCGGUCUCAUCUCCAUCUUCACCAGCUACAUCGUCGGCCAGGUGAAGCUAAAGUUCCCUCACAUCUCGCAUUAUGCCGACGCCGGACGCCUUCUCCUCGGUCGUUUUGGCUACGAGCUUUUCGGUGCUGCUCUCGUUCUCGAGCUCGUCAUGGUCGUUGGUUCGCACGCUCUGACUGGUAGCAUUGCGCUCAUUGACAUCAACGGUGGACACGUCUGCUCCAUUGUUUUCUCUGCCGUCUCCGCCAUCAUCCUGCUGAUCCUCGCCAUCCCCCCAUCUUUCACCGAAGUCGCUAUUCUUGGUUACAUCGAUUUCGUGUCUAUCGUGGCUGCCAUUGGAAUUACCGUCAUCGCCACCGGUAUUCAGGCCAGCGACUCAACUGGCGGACUAUCUGGUGUUGAGUGGUCAGCCUGGCCCAAGGAGGAUCUUGGUUUCGCAGAGGCUUUCGUCGCUGUCAGCAACAUUAUCUUCGCCUUCAGUUUCGCAAUUGGUCAAUUCUCCUUCAUGGACGAGAUGCACACACCAACCGACUACAUGAAGUCUAUCUAUGCGUCGUGCUUUAUCCAGAUUGGGAUCUACACUCUGACUGGAGCUCUGUGCUACGCUUUCAUCGGCCCCUCCGUGCAAUCACCUGCUCUGCUCUCCGCCGGACCACUUAUUUCCAAGAUCGCCUUCGGAGUUGCUCUACCCGUUAUCUUCAUCUCCGGUUCGAUCAAUUCCACCGUUGCGCUCCGAUAUCUUCAUGGCCGUAUGUUCAAGGACUCAAUUCUGCGAUAUGUCAACACUCCCAUGGGCUGGGUCAGCUGGAUCACUCUCGUGACCAUCUUCACCAUCGUCGCUUGGGUUAUUGCCGAGGCUAUUCCCAUCUUCUCUGACUUGCUCUCUUUGGCUUCCGCCCUCUUCGUCUCCGGUUUCUCUUUCUGGAUCCCCGGUGUCAUGUGGUUUGCCCUGCUCUGCGAGGGCAAGUGGUUUUCCAAGAAGAACAUGUUCAUGAGCUGUGGAAGCAUUUUGGCUUUCAUUAUCGGCAUCGUUACCCUCGGUGCCGGUACAUAUGCCACUAUCAAGGAUAUCAUUGAUAUCACCUCCACUGGCUCUGCUCACGCCCCUUUUACUUGCCGAUCAACCUAG